AACACUAAAUCUAAAACUGUUCAAGAUGUCACAAAUAACCCCAUUACUUCUCCUUGUUGCUCUCUUCACAUCCAUCUUCAAUCCGACAAGUGGAGAACCAGUAGGUGUAUGCUAUGGAAUGAUGGGGAACAACCUUCCUUCACAUUCAGACACAAUCGCUCUCUUCAGAGAAAAAAACAUACGACGUGUUAGACUCUACGACCCAAACCAAGCCGCUUUAAACGCUCUCAAAAACUCCGGCAUCGAAGUCAUCGUCGGCGUUCCAAACUCCGAUCUCCGUUCACUCACUAACCCUUCUUCCGCUAGGUCUUGGCUCCAAAACAACGUCCUUAACUAUUACCCCGCCGUUAGCUUCAAGUACAUCUCCGUCGGUAACGAGGUCUCUCCCGGGAACGGUGGAGAUCUUGUGCUCCCUGCCAUGCGUAACGUUUACGAUGCUCUAAGAGGUGCUAAUCUUCAAGAUCGUAUUAAAGUGUCUACGGCCAUUGAUAUGACCUUGAUUGGUAACUCUUUCCCUCCUUCCUCCGGAGAGUUUCGUGGUGACGUUAGGUGGUAUACUGAUCCCAUCAUCGGGUUUCUAACGAGUACAAACUCAGCGUUACUUGCCAACAUCUAUCCUUACUUCAGCUACGUAGGCAAUCCACGAGACAUAUCUCUAUCUUACGCUCUCUUCACUUCACCUUCCGUCGUCGUAUGGGACGGCUCUCGCGGCUACCAAAACCUCUUUGACGCUUUGCUUGACGUAGUUUACUCCGCUGUAGAGCGAUCAGGCGGCGGAUCUAUUCCCGUGGUUGUUUCCGAGAGCGGAUGGCCUUCGAACGGAGGAAACGCGGCGAGUUUCGACAACGCUCGUGCGUAUUACACGAAUCUUGCGGCCCGAGUGAGAGAGAACAGAGGAACGCCGAAGAGACCAGGAAGAGGAGUGGAGACGUAUUUGUUCGCUAUGUUUGAUGAGAAUCAGAAGAGUCCUGAGAUUGAGAAGAACUUUGGUUUGUUUUUCCCUAAUAAACAGCCGAAGUUUCCUAUCACGUUCUCCGCCGUGAGAGCUGGUACGGCGGUUGAGUAAUGAAUAUUAUUAUAUGUAAGCUCAUCUGAGAUUUAUAUCAAUGUUUGGGAGAGAUAAUCCCAUAUUCCCAUACAUAAUAAUUCCAAAUAAGAAAUAAAGUUACAUAAUCAUACGUUUGAACAAA